AUGGGUCGACUGCUACUCCGACUAUCAAUGCACGCGUUUCCAGCGGCUCUCGCUAUCAUCAAGCUCUCCGCGCGGUCCCAAACCGAGUAUAAAGGCACGGUACUAAUAAAUCAGGGAGGCCCUGGUGGUAGCGGUGUCUCCACCUUGGUGUCCGCGGGUUCGUUGCUUGCGUCAGUUAUUGGGAACCAAUAUGACAUCGUCGGUUUCGAUCCUCGUGGGGUUGGUAAUUCGACGCCUCGGGUGGAGUUCUUUCUCUCAAAAGAAGAGCACUAUGAAUGGCUUGCUAGCGCCGAUCAUUGGGCGUAUACUGUUAACUCGACCUCGGAUCAAACUCCUCACCUAUGGGCAUCUGCGCAAGUUAUAGCGGAACUUGCGAAGGAGACGGAUAAUGGAAUUCUGAAUUACAUUAGUACAGACAACGCUGCCCGGGAUAUGCUGCGAAUUACUGAGGCAGCGGGCCAAGAGAAGCUGCAAUAUUGGGGAUUCUCGUAUGGGACGGUUCUCGGUUCCACCUUUGCUGCAAUGUUUCCUGACAAAGUUGAACGUAUCGUGCUUGACGGCGUAUUAGAUAUGGAUGGCUAUUACGGUGGUGACUGGCGUAACGAGAUUGCCGAUACCGAUAAGGACAUGCAAUCGUUCUUUGACGGAUGUGCGGCCGCAGGCCCUGAUGCAUGCGCGUUCUACGCUCCUACGGCUGGGGAAAUAUCCAAUAAUCUGGACUCUCUAUACGAGUCUCUUCUCACCCAGCCAGUCCCGGUAAUCUCACCAUCGUUUUAUGGAGUCGUCAACUAUACCGUCCUGAGGACCGCAAUCAAGAACGCUCUAUACGAGCCAUAUACAUAUUUCUCUGUCCUUGCAGAAGGUCUCGCUGGUCUCGCGGCAGGGAACGGAAGCAUCAUUUACGCGCUGCAGGCGACGGCCUACGAUCCGUCUUCUGCUUAUGACAAUUCAUGGGAAGCGGAAGUAGCUAUCUCCUGCAGUGAUGGCCCGAACAAAACGGACUCUGUGACGGACCUGUACACGUAUUGGGAUAGUAUCAAAGGUUUAUCGACGUUUGCCGAUUUACUUAUGAUCCAAAAGAUCGGCUGCUCAGGAUGGAAGUUCCAUCGCGAAGGCAGAUUUAUGGGUCCGGUCACUGGAAACACCAACUAUCCUAUUCUUCUCAUAGGAAACACCGCUGAUCCCGUUACUCCUCUUUCUGCGGCAAAGAAGACGUCCAGCGCGUUCCCCGGCUCCGCAGUUCUAACCCAAAACUCGUCGGGCCACGCAUCCAUAGCCGCAUCAUCCGCUUGCACGCACGCGUACGUUCAAGCGUACUUCCAAAAUGGCACCCUUCCCGAUGACGGGACAGUCUGUGAAAUCGAGUCUCAGAUGUUCCCAGUUUCUUCAAAUGCCACUGGCAAUCAGCGACGUUCUUUCUGGGGUCGUAAAUGA